AUGGUUGCAAUAGAAAAUUUUCAAAAAUUAUUCGCAAAUUCUCAUUAUGAAGAAGAUUUGGAGAUUGCCAUUCAAUUAAAUCGACGACUUUUAAAACCAAUCGGCAUGUGGCCUGUGAAUUCAAAAAGUCCAAAAGAAAAAUUUAUUGCCAAUUUAUUAAGAAUUGGUUGUAUCAUGAUUAUAUUAUUUUUAUUCGAAAUUUGUGUAUGUUUCGAAAUAAUGAGCAAUGACUGGCGGAGCGUCAGUAGUAAAAAUCGAGAAAUAAUGCUUAAAAGUGCUAAUACAGCUCGUAAAAUUAUUAUUUUAUGUGCAAUUUUCAUGUUCACGGGGUCAUUGUCUUUUACUGUUUUCUUUCCCCUAUUGGAUAAUUAUUUUGCCUCGGAAAAUGCGACAGUAAGAAAUACAGGUUGUUGUUCGUUGACAUGUGGAAUUUGCAGUGUGACUAUUUCAUUUGUAAUGCAUAUUUCCGGACAACUUGAAAUUGUAAAUGGUUUUCUUCAAUUAUUGGUUAAGGAAACUUCAAGUACUCUUCAAGUUACUGAAAAAAUGAUUUCAUUGAUUGUUAAACAACAUCUCAAAUCACUAAGAUUUGCAGAACAUUUGGAAAAUAUUAUGAAUGAAAUUUGUUUGAUUGAAUUUUUAAGUUCGUCUUUUGGCAUUUGCUUAAUAGGAUAUUAUAUAUUAUGGGAGUUUAAAAAUAAUGACAUAACAAAAAUGGUUGUUUACUGUAUACUAUUAACAUCCUAUAUUUUUAAUAUAUUCAUUUAUUGCUUUUUAAGUGAACUGCUGUUGACGAAGUGUCAAGAUGUUGGCAAACAGUCUUAUAUGAUUCCAGAGUGGAAUUAUCUGCCAAAGAAGAAAUCGCUUGAUUUGAUUCUUAUUAUUCUAAUAUCUUCAAAACCAGUAAAACUAACUGCAGGAAAAAUAGUUUCAUUUUCAAUAGGUUGUUUUUGUAGCGUCUUGAAAGUUUCUGCAGCGUAUUUAAAUAUUCUGCGUUCAUUUCUGAACUGAUUCAGAUCUCUUAGAAAUAAAAUUUACAUAAUGAAAGUCGUC